AAAGAAACCCAUAUCAUUCAACUAUGCAGUGCUUGUUCACUCUCGCAAAACGCAAAUGUCUGACUUGAUAUCAUUAAAUCAACUUUAGGUGGGCUUUUGCCAAUAGCGAGUUGGUAUUUGCAGUCUUUUGUAUAGCUGCAUUACUUUAUCUCAGGAGCUGGGUUGGGCUAGUGAUUGAUAGUGAAUUUUUUGGCAAUUUUCUUUUUGCUGCCAAUUGACUUUUCCAGGCAUUUUCUCAUGUUAUAUUUUAUUAAUAUAAAAGAAGAGUGAUUCUCUAUCUCUCUGUCUUUUGCUUUUAUUUAUUUAUUUGCCUGUUUAUCCAUCUAUACCACACAAACAAUUCAAUUCAAUUCAAUCCAUUUAAUCCACUCAAUCUCAGUUCUCUUAACUAAUCUCAUCUGUUUGAUUUAUUUCACUCAACCUCAACCUCAAUCUCAAUCUCACUAUCUCAUACAAUUCUCCAAUAAUGUGUCGCAGAGCUAUUUGUCCAUUUUGUCGUCAAAGAUCUUGGUCUCCCUGCGACGUUCCUGAAGCUUCUCAUGUUCACCAAGUCAUGGAUUCCUCUCCCAAAGACACCUGGUGCUGUUGCAAAAACGUCAGCGAUGAUUUGAUCGAAUCUAACGACGAUUUAAGAAUCGCUUAUCCUCCAAGAUCUGGUACUGGUCAUGCAAGAAGACUAUCUUUUUCUUCUUCGUCCUCUUUCUCAGGCGAAAGACCCUUUCACUUCAGAACAACGUCGACUAGCUCAGCUACUCAUGAAGAUGCUAUCUUAGACGAAGAAGAACCAGCUAUUCCAACUCUGCGUUUUGGCAUUCAAAGAGUCAGAGCCUUAUAAAGCCC